UUGGAACGCCUUAACAAAUUUUCGUUUGACAAGGCCUCACUCAGUCCAGUGAUCGGAAAGAGAACAACAAUGGUGCAUAGCGCAUACGACUCAUUUACGCUCCUCAAUGAUUGCCCCACGAAAAUUGAUGCCGUCGAAUCGUACGGUUCAAAGCUACUCAUCGUCUGCUCGGAUGGAUCGCUCCGUGUUUACGCACCCGAAUCAGCCGUCUCCGAACGCUCGACGCCGUCUGAAUUCCUUCAACACUCCUCGGAGCUUCGCAAAGAACGCCACAUCCUGGAACGGACAGUCAAUGGAUUCUCCAAGAAGACGAUGCUGGCGAUGGAGGUCAUUGGGUCGCGGGAGCUUCUUCUAUCGCUCUCCGAAUCCAUCGCCUUCCAUCGGUUGCCCAAUUUGGAGACGCUGGCCGUUAUUACCAAAGCAAAAGGAGCGAAUGUGUAUUCCUGGGACGACAAACGAGGGUUCCUUUGCUUCGCCAGACAAAAGAGAGUUUGUAUUUUCAGACACGACGGAGGAAGGGGCUUCGUAGAGGUGAAAGAAUUUGGGGGUACCAGAUACAGUUAAGUCAAUGGCAUGGUGUGGAGAGAACAUUUGCUUAGGAAUUAGAAGGGAAUACAUGAUACUGAAUACCACAAAUGGAUCAGUGUCUGAGGUGUUUCCUUCGGGGAGGACUGCCCCACCUCUUGUGGUUCCCCUUCCAUCCGGAGAACUUCUUCUGGGAAAGGAUAAUAUUGGAGUAUUCGUAGACCAAAACGGUAAGCUUCUUCAGGAUGGUAGGAUUUGUUGGUCUGAAGCUCCUGCCGUAGUUGUUAUUCAAAAGCCAUAUGCAAUAGGUCUCCAACCAAGACACGUGGAGAUACGUUCUCUUCGGUCUCCUUACCCGCUGAUACAGACAGUUGCCCUAAGAAAUGUUCGCCGUCUUGUUCAAAGCAACAAUGCUAUAAUUGUUGCUCUUGAGAACUCUGUUUUUGGACUCUUUCCUGUUCCUUUAGGUGCACAGAUUGUACAACUAACUGCAUCUGGAAACUUCGAGGAGGCCUUGUCAUUGUGCAAGUUGCUUCCACCAGAAGAUUCAAGCCUCAGAGCUGCGAAGGAACAAUCAAUUCAUAUAAGAUAUGCACACUAUUUGUUUGAAAACGGGAGCUAUGAGGAGGCCAUGGAGCAUUUUUUGGCAUCUCAAGCAGAAAUUAAUUAUGUUCUUUCGUUAUACCCAUCGGUCUCUGUUCCAAAAUCUGCAGUAAUACCUGAACCAGAGAAAUUUGUGGACAUGUCUGGGGAUUAUCCAGAUCUCUCCAGAGGCUCCUCUGGUAUGUCGGAUGAUAUGGAAUCUACUACUCAUAUGUCGGAGUCUGAAGAGACGGAUAUUGAAUCCAAAAAAAUGAGCCAUAAUACUUUAAUGGCUCUUAUUAAGUUUCUGCAGAAAAAGAGAUAUAGCAUCAUCGAAAAAGCUACUGCUGAGGGAACUGAAGAGGUUGUUUCAGAUGCUGUAGGUGAUAAUUAUGUUCCAUAUGGCACUAACCGAUCUAAGAAAGCAAGCAAGGGCCGUGUAAAUACUCCCAUCAGCUCAGUUGCUCGAGAUAUGGCAGCCAUUCUUGACACUGCAUUUCUCCAAGCACUUAUGCUAACUGGACAGGCUUCAGCUGCAUUGGAUUUUCUGAGAGGCAGCAACUACUGUGAUAUAAAGAUCUGUGAGGAAUUCAUGCAGAAAAGGAAUCAGUAUUUUGGUUUGCUAGAACUUUACAAAAACAAUGGAAUGCAUCGUGAAGCACUCAAACUUCUUCAUCAAUUGGUGGAAGAGUCCAUGUCAGAUGAAGCACCAGCUGAGCUGUCACAGAAAUUCAAGCCUGAGUUGAUCAUUGAGUACCUAAAACCUCUAUGUGAGACAGACCCCAUGCUUGUUUUGGAGUUCUCAAUGGUGGUCCUUGAAAGUUGUCCAAUGCAAACUAUUGAGCUAUUCUUGUCUGGGAACAUUCCAGCAGAUAUGGUCAACUCUUACUUAAAGCAGCAUGCUCCUAACUUGCAAGCUACAUAUUUGGAACUUAUGCUUGCAAUGAAUGAAAACAGCAUUUCUGGAAAUCUUCAGAAUGAAAUGGUCCAAAUCUAUCUUUCAGAAGUUCUGGAUUGGUAUGCAGAACUUAAUUCUCAGAAAAGCUGGGAUGAGAAAAGCUUUUCCCCCACCAGGAAAAAAUUACUCUCUGCUCUGGAGAGUGUCUCUGGGUAUAAUCCAGAGAUUUUACUGAAGCGACUUCCUCUAAAUGCAUUGUAUGAGGAACAUGCCAUCCUGUUGGGAAAGAUGAAUCAGCAUGAGCUUGCGUUAUCCAUUUAUGUCCACAAGCUUCAUGUUCCGGAACUUGCCCUCUCCUAUUGUGAUCGAGUAUAUGAGCAAAACUCAGUGAAGUCUCCGAGCAAUAUAUACCUUACGCUACUGCAGAUCUAUUUGAAUCCUUCCAAGACAACAAAGAACUACGAAAACAGGAUAACUAAUCUGGCAACGUCAUCCCACAGCCCUGGUAUGCUUAGGCUUGGUCCAGGACCUACGGCUAAACUCCUCAAAGGAAACCGGUCCAAGAAAAUAGCAGAGAUUGAAGGUGCUGAGGACACUCGGAUCAGUCAGAGUGGCACAGAUAGUAGUAGGAGUGACGGUGAUGUGGAUGAUGCUAGUGAGGAAGGGGUUUCUGCUAUUAUGCUUGAUCAGGUGCAUGAUCUGUUGGGGAAAAGGUGGGACCGCAUCAAUGGAGCUCAGGCCCUGAAACUCUUACCAAGGGAGACCAAGCUGGAGAACCUGCUUCCGUUUCUUGGUCCUCUUCUAAGAAAAUCAAGUGAAGCAUACCGAAACUUUUCAGUGAUCAGGAGUUUGAGAGAGUGUGAAAACCUACAGGUAAAAGAUGAACUGUAUAACCAGAGGAAAGCAGUGGUGAAGAUAACGGGUGAGAGCAUGUGCUCUCUCUGCAACAAGAAGAUAGGGACGAGCGUAUUUGCAGUCUAUCCAAACGGAAGGACAAUUGUACACUUUGUUUGCUUUAGGGACUCCCAGAACAUGAAAGCUGUUUCCAGGGGUUCUUUGUCCCGCAAGAGAUGACUGCACCAACUCCAUUAUAGGCUAGCAACCUUUGUCCCUACCUGGUGUUUUUUUAUUUUUAAUUUACAAACAAGUUUUGUCCGGUAUUUGUUAUAUUGUUUUGUAAGUUUGUAACUUGUAAGGUUAUCCGACAAAAAAAUGAUUUUUAGAAUUAUUUGCAGUUUUGAGAUUAGUGUUUGGGCGAGUAAAAUAAUCUUGUAAAAAAACAAAGAGAAGUGUAUUAAUUUGAACAUCAUUUUCUGUUUACCACUUCAGUUGUGAUUCUUCUGAAGGCUAACUUCUUUUAACUCUUCACUAGCAUAAAUGGAGUUGAAUUU